GCCAGACAGCACCACCAUCUUGCAAGGACAAGGAUAAAAACUCUCUCUUUCCCUCUCCUCUCUCCUCUCGAAAGAAUCGAAAGCCCCUCUCUCUCUAGGGUUUCUGUGUCUUUCGCACUCAAAUUGCAGCCACCGCGCUGGGAAUCCCAUCACUGAGCUACCCUCUAUCUCUUACCCGUCAAAUGCUUUAUCUUUCACUACUACCACUUCGAUGAGCCGUUAAGAUUCGGUGCCUAGCUGGGAUGGAUCGUCUGGGCUGGCCCUCAGUUUAGUUUAGGAGUUGCAUAAACCCUAGCAGUUUGCCGGGAAGUUUGCUUAAUAUAUCUUCAUAUGUCUCAAGGUGUUUUCCUUGCUUACAUGAAAAUAAAUCUCUCACAAUGUGGUGAUUAUCAUAACUCAAUUAGUGAAUCUUGACUCAGUUUCUUUGGUUGCUUGUAUUUACUGCGGAGAUGAGCAAACAUCGCUGUGGAGAACCAUUCAUUCAAAGGAUGUCUUGAAACACUGUCAUCAAAGUCAUGGGAUCACUUAUCCAGAUUGACUCCAUCUCCAUAGAUCUUGCCAAUUCUAUUGAAAAGAGUGAUGCAGGAAAAUGUGAUCAUCAUUUCUCAAUACGCGGAUAUGUAUCUGAAAUUCGUAAAAAGGACUGGAAAUUGUGUUGGCCAUUUCCUUUACAAGGGAACCAUGGUGAGUCUGAGGAUCAACAAUGUUUGCUUCCGCCAUUAGAUGUACCCAAAUUCAGAUGGCGGUGCUGUCAAACUUGUCAGCAAGAAGUUGUUGCUGAAGGCAGUGAUAAAGAUAACCAAGGAGAAUUUCAUUGUUGCUGUACUGGAUGCAAAUCUGCUAGCAAUUGCUUUAGUAAUGCAGCUGUCAGGUCUGAUAUUCAGCUGCAGCUAGCUUCAACACCUGAUACUAUUGAAAAUAGAGGAAUUGAUCUUAAUAGUUCUACUAAUUUAAGCUGUCAAAAUGAUUGCUCAUGGACUAAUAAUGAGAAAGAGAAGACAGCUGAAGUUGUAAACAGCAGAAUGAUAGAUCAUGAGAGUGGUGUAGAGGGCAGGCUUAAUCAUCAAAUAACUAGUGUUUCACCACCUGACGUUUAUCCAUGGUUCACACUGGAAGCACCUACAAAUGGUAAAGUCUUUGAAGGUAAUGAAGUUUCUGAUGUUAAGCUUGCAACAAGCAAUCUCAAAUGUGCAGACCCGAGUUCUUCUGAGUUUUGUAACGGAGGAACACUUAUUUCUGCUCAUGACCAAUGCCAGAAAGAACUAAACAAAACUUGUUCAGUUUUGGAGGUUGGCAAGGCAGUUGCUGUGGCAGACCAUACUACUCAUGACACAACUGGACAUUCCCCUAUAGAGUCAGUUGCUAGUCAAAAGGCUUUAUCAACAAUUACAGAAAAUUUGGUUGGAAAUGAUUUUCAGGAUCAUCAUCUAGAAAAGUCAUCUGGUUUGCCUCGCAGGAAGCCUCGAAAGGUGCGCCUGCUAACUGACUUGUUAAGUGAAAGUGUUGAGACACAGACUGGCAAGUUUGCCAUGCAAGGGUUCCCAUCUGAUGGUACUUCCGAGGCAUCUGCAGCUUUCCAGACGCCGCCGAUUUCUCUGUGUAUUGCUGAUGUUCAGGGAGACUUGACAAAUCCAGAUAAGAAUGUAAAAAAAUUUCUCCUGGAUGAAGAGCUGAAACCUGCUGAAAUUUCCUCACAUAGGGUGGACAAUGAAAGUCAAAACUUAGAGGGAGAUGCAGAAGUAAAUGGCACUAUUCUGGAUACUGGAUCUAAAGAUGUGCAUUCCACAAUAGGUUUACAAGAAAAUGUGAAGAGCUACUGGAGUAAACCUGAAAUUGGUAGAAGCCUUACAAUGGGUAAUAAGAAGAAGAAGAAGAUACAAGUUGUUGACAAACAUUUGAGAUCUUAUCCACACCAAAACGAGGAGAAUAUGCAUGUUGUGAGUAAGGCAUAUGCAUCUAAAACUCUCUCUAUCACAUCACCUUCUUGUGCCUUUUCAGAAAAAGGGAUGGAUUGCUUUCCUUUUCAUGCUCUAAAAUUAGGAAAUAAAUGCAAUUUGUCCAAACAAAAAGGGAAGAUGCUGCAAGUUGGUGGGGAUCUGGCUUCCUUAUCUUGUUGGAAAAAUGACAAGCUUGUAGAAGAUUCCUUUGCUGUUACAGGAGCAAAAUUAAUGUCAAAUAUGCCUGUAGUUUUUCCGAUUCCUUCAGCACAAGGUUCCAUAACGAAUGAAAAAGGAGUAAUAGAGGGACUACAUCUUUCUCCAAACAGUUUUUUGGAAGCUCAGGCUUACAACGAAAAAUGCAUCAGUCAAAUUGAGAAUCAACUACCUUUCUCAUUGUCUUCACAAGAGGGCACAUCAAAAGCACAUAAUCUUAUAAGGAAAGGCAGAGAAACUGAUGUUGUAGGAGAGUCAAGCAUUCCUUACAAGCAGAUAACAGAUGCUAUUUCUGACAAAGGGGUAAGUCGUGAGGAAAUUAUUGGUUCAAAAAACACACAAAAACCAGUUGAAGCUCUGGAGCAUGCAAGUGUCAUGGAAACCAGUGGUGAUCAAACAGCUAACAUAGUGUCUGAGCAGGGGACAUUAGAUGAUAUACCCAUAGAAAUUGUGGAGCUGAUGGCAAAGAAUCAGCAUGAGAGGCGUCUUUCUGAAGCAGAAAAUAGAAGCCAUCAGCUGACGAGAUCUACUAACGAAAGGAAAACACAGAUGACAGUUGGCGCUGGCGUUUAUGGAAAAGGGGAAUUUACCUUGUUACAAGAGGGUCAGAAAGUAAAACCUCAGGGAAGACAUGGGGAAAAUGGCAUGACCUUGCGGGGAGAGAAUGUGAGGUCAGGCAAAAGAAAGUCAGUUCACUACUCUUCUCCAAUUGAUGUUGGAAACCAUUUGAAUAUGAAAAGUCUUUGUCAACCUCAGUCCUCCUUUCAGUCUGAAGUUUCCAGUUCCCAAAAGAGGCCACCAAAUGGAUUUCAUUUUUCACCCAUGGGAUCCAGCCUUUGUGGUAGUGCUCAAAAUUGCAAGAUGAAUGGAAGUAAUGCAGAGCGUGAAUCCACUGAUUCUAUUUUGCAAGUCCCGGGAGGAUGUAGCUUGCACAAGACUAUUUUGCAUCCAGAUGAUAAAGCUUCUCAUAUUUGGGCAUCCUUAACCCCAAAUCAUUUGUCCCUGGGAUAUGACAUACCCAAAAGGGCUGUCUCUCAAUCUACUCGUACUGCUAUAGGUAUGAAUUCACUCCAAACUGACAAGCUACGUAAGCAGAACAUGAACAGGGAUGUUGAUCUUAAUUGCUUGAAUUUAAAUGCUACUGGCCUUGAAAAGCUUAGUAGGAAUGCAGAUUCUGGAACCUUCAAUAAGAUGAAUGAAGAAUACCCAUUUCCAUGCAAACAUAAUGGAAUAGAGCCUCAACAAAAUAUGAGGGGAUCUCUGGAUUCGUAUUCUAAUGAGAUAAUACCAGCCAUGCAUUUACUCAGCCUUAUGGAUGCGGGAAUGAGGUCUGUUAAACCCAUCAAUGCUUGUGUUGGUGCUCAAAUAUUCAACAGGCCCUCUUAUCAUGGCAAUUGUAAUAGUAAAUUGGAGAUUGAUAAGGCGCUCAGUUCUCUGAAACAACCAUCAUCUGAUAGUUACAGCAAGAAUUACUUAUCAAAUAAAUCACAUGGUUGUUUUCUUAGUUCACCAACCUUGGGUGCAUCUUCAUCAAUUCAGCAUGAAGAGAAAUUUAUUAAAUCUGGAAGCUUCAAUAAUCAAGUAUCCCCAAAGUCUGGAAAGAAGAAGAUUAAGAGCUCCAACCCAGUCUUGCAGAAUAGAGGAAAUAAACAGUUUAGUUGGACGUAUGUCGAAACAGAAACAGAAACUUCACUGCAACGUAAAUUGGAAGUUCUUGGUAGUUGUGUGACCUUAGCACCUUCAAAGGACAGAUGUAUUUCCAAUUCUUGCAGCAUAAAUAGAAAUCCAGCUGAUUUCACCCUGCCAGAUUUGGGGAAUAUCUACAUGAUCAGAGGGGAAGAUUUGAAAUUUGAGAAACCUAGUAAUCACAAGAAAAGGCCCAGCUUGGUUACUUUUCAGGGAUGCAAACAGCAGAGAAAUUUGAAGGAAACCAAAAUAAAGGAUCAUGAAAAUUAGAGAAGUCCUUUAACAUUCAAGAAUCUGCAACUGCUGUGCCCCCUUACAUGCUGCAUGAGAAUAUUUAAGGAGGAGUAUCAAAGUGACUCUCAGGGCAAGAGCAUGGUUUCGAUUUUGAAAGUGAGAUUCCCGCCACUUCAUAUGUGGCUGAUUGCGAAGCCUGAUGUUAAGCUGAUAUAAAGCAAGCAGAAGACCUUUAUAUCUAUGUAUUUUAAUCAACAUUCUGUGAGUAGCAUUUGAUUUGCUACUAUAAAUUUAUAUUUUGUGUUUAAUGGGGAAGCCUUGGGAUAGCCCCCUCAGCUUUUUAGGGCUUGUUGUGGUGCAUUUUGUCUGACAGGCCCCAUCAGCCACUAGACGGAAGAUUGAACAAUGUAAUUGGUCAAUCUAAUAAGUUCACGUUGAUAGUACUGUAGCUGUAACUUAUCAUGUAAAGUGUCAAAAAUCAAUGUAACAGAUAUAGUUUGUUCAAA